AUGUCCACACCAUCAAAGAAGCGCCUCAUUCGAGACUUUAAGCGACUCUCCGCCGACCCACCUGGGGGUAUCUCCGGUGCUCCAUGCGCUGACAACCUUAUGAUCUGGAACGCUGUCAUCUUCGGCCCCGCAGAUACUCCUUUCGAAGAUGGCACUUUCAAGCUCGUCCUCACUUUCGACGAAUCCUAUCCGAACAAACCACCCACAGUCAAGUUCUUGUCCAAGAUGUUCCACCCCAACGUCUACGCCAACGGAGAGCUGUGUCUCGACAUUUUGCAGAACAGGUGGUCACCAACAUACGAUGUAGCAGCAAUCUUGACGAGCAUUCAGAGUCUGUUGCACGAUCCCAACCCUAAUUCGCCAGCAAAUGCAGAGGCGGCAAGUUUGUACAGGGAGAACAUGAAGGAGUAUGUCAGGAGAGUAAAGGCCACUGUUGAGGCGAGCUGGUUGGAUGACGGUGAGACGGUGGAGCCUAUCCCAGAGGAAGAUGAGGAGGGCACAGCAGCGUCAGCGAACGGUACAGCACAAGCAGCAUAG